GGCUCCCAGGACAGCCAUUUUGUCACCCCGGGCUGGGGCCGCUGGGUUCUACUUGCUCCAGUUCGAGUUCUGAUGCCCUCUCAGCUUGACUCCUGCUACGGGUUCAGCGCAGGGGAGCUCAGAACCGCGUCUUCUCCGGGCCAAGCCAGCUAUCAGGGCUCAUGGAAUUGCCACCGCUCCGCAGUCACCCCCGAGGUCUCAGUGAGGGAAUGUCACCUGGGCAGAGCAGGGCGUGAGCCUGCAGUGGGCAGGCGCCUGGGUGUGCGGCAGGCGUGCUCAGUACUGUGAGUAGAAAAUGGGUGAGUUGCCCUUAGAUAUCAACAUCCAGGAACCUCGCUGGGACCAAAGCACUUUCCUGGGUAGAGCCCAGCACUUCUUCACUGUUACUGACCCCCGAAAUCUGCUGCUGUCUGGGGCACAGCUGGAAGCUUCCCGGAACAUCGUGCAGAACUACAGGGCCGGCGUGGUGACACCAGGACUCACCGAAGACCAGCUGUGGAGGGCCAAGUAUGUGUACGACUCUGCCUUCCAUCCGGACACGGGGGAGAAAGUGGUCCUGAUUGGCCGCAUGUCAGCCCAGGUGCCCAUGAACAUGACCAUCACCGGCUGCAUGCUCACCUUCUACAGGAAGACCCCCACUGUGGUGUUCUGGCAGUGGGUGAAUCAGUCCUUCAACGCUGUCGUUAACUACUCCAACCGCAGUGGCGACGCCCCCAUCACCGUGGGGCAGCUGGGAACAGCUUACGUGAGUGCCACCACCGGGGCUGUGGCCACAGCCCUGGGCCUCAAAUUCCUCACCAAGCACCUGCCCCCCCUGGUUGGCAGAUUUGUGCCCUUUGCAGCUGUAGCAGCUGCAAACUGCAUCAACAUCCCUCUGAUGAGGCAGAGGGAGCUGCAGGUGGGCAUCCCGGUGACUGAUGAGGCAGGUCAGAGGCUUGGCCACUCGGUGACCGCGGCCAAGCAGGGAAUCUUCCAGGUGGUGAUAUCAAGAAUCUGCAUGGCGAUUCCUGCCAUGGCCAUACCCCCUGUGAUCAUGAACGCUUUGGAGAAGAAAGACUUCCUGAAGCGCCGUGCCUGGCUGGGGGCACCCCUGCAGGUGGGACUGGUGGGCUUCUGCCUGGUAUUUGCCACGCCCCUGUGCUGUGCCCUGUUCCCCCAGAGAAGUUCGAUACACGUGAGCAGGUUGGAGCCGGAGCUGAGAGCUCAGAUCCAUCAGCAAAACCCUGGCAUGGAAGUGGUUUACUACAACAAGGGGCUCUGAGGGAGGGUCAGCCCUGGCCCCUCACUCACCUCCUUGUGCUGCUGCUUUAGUGGAGCCUUGCCAUCCUGCCACUUUCUCUUCUGCCUGGUACUGGGCAGGGGCCUUGGUAGUCAGCAGCCAUUGAGACCAGCAAUCCAUUAGGCUGGGGGAGGCACCCCCAUCAGCCUUUUUCUCUCCUCUCUGAUUUCAAAGAGUAGGGUCACGUAGUCCCUUUCUCCUGUGCUAGUGUGUCUACUUAUGUACAUAUGUGAUAUAUGAGUGUACAUGCUGUCCUGGAAGCUAGGAGCAGGCGUGCUGUCCUGGGAUGUCCUGCUAUCUGGCUUCUCUUCUUGGCCUCCUGCCACCUGCCAGCCAGCCAGCCAGGCCACAGAACUUCCUCGCCUAAAUAGUUCCACUGGCCAAGUCAUGUCUGACAGCACGUUACCACUUAUGGACACAGGAAGAGCCCCAGGAUCUCAGGACAGACUGAGGGACACUAGCAGACCAAAUGGGGCUGAAUCCUUCAGAUUUCUGCUUCCUGGCUCCCAAAGCUGACUCAGGAACUGGCAGGGGAAGACAUGUCAGGCUAAGGGAGGCAGGGGGCUGAUACUACCCCGCACAUCCUGGAAUAGAUCAUUUCCUCUUCUCUACCAGAGCAAAGGGGUGUCAGUAUCCUGUACUACUCUUGCCGUCUCCUCCCUGCCCCCCGCACCACAUUGCAAUGUGGGCAUCUUCAGGCACAAUCUUAGGAGUUCUCGGUCCACUCUGACAGCAUAACCUCAAAUCUAAACUCCAAUCCUCUCCCUCAACUGAAAAGCCACACAGGCAGAGAAGCAUUCCCCUUUAAGAGCUCCCACCGUACCCUCUUACAGAGGGACACAGCUAUGGGAACAGUGCUUAAACUCCACAGGUAUCCAAGUGGGUGUAUCUAGUACAUCCUCAAGGGCAACUAGGCCCCAAGACAGGGAAUUUUGUGUUCCAUUGACCCUUGUUAGACAUUCAGCAGAACCCCUACCUUAGCUCCUUCUAUUUCUUGAGGCUUGGCCCUGCUCCCACCCCAAUCCCCAUCCUCAAGAGGCAUCCACAUCUGGUGUAAAGGGGAGGCGAGCUUGGGGAUGGAGUAUGUGCUGGUAAACUCACAGGGUGUAGACUCGGACCUUGACUCCAACCCCCAUGACCUCUGGCUGAAGUGGUAGAGUGGAAGGCCCCCAGAGGGAUCCUCGAAGAGUACUUCCCUGCUCGCCCACCAACCGCCACCAGUAGUAAAAGCUAUGAUGCCACUGUUACUCAAUAAACUGAAAACCUGUC